ACGAAGAAUAUAUAUGUAUAUGCAUUUGUGUGUAUGUAUUUGUGAAAGUGUGCGUGAGCAAAUAUGCCAAUAACUGCACUUUGAAUUAUUACAACAACAAUAUCAACGGCUGCAUCGCGUUUUGGAUUACGUUUACUUCUUGCAGCAAUUGGAUAAAAACAACAACAAAAUGCCGCGCAUUCAACUGGAUUAGCAGUCAAAUCUUUACACAGAAAACAAAAGCGAAUUUUAGCGCAACUUCUAUUAUUAUUAUUAUUAUUAUGAUGACGCCGGAGUCGAAGGCAACGGCAACAACAACAAUGGCGCAUGCACAAAAGCCAGCUGCUGCGUCGGCGUCGCAGUCGCAGCAUUUAUCAACACUGGCAAUGGCGACCAAAGCAACAAAAGCGGGCAAAAGCUUUGUCAGCAAUGCAAAUAGCAACAAUAACAACAACAACAAUAGCAGCAAAAAGCUUGCAAUAAAUAUAACGGCGACAAGUGUUGAUAAAAUGCAAAUGCAAAAGCAACAAAAGCAACAACAACAACAGCAGCAGCAGCAGCAACAGCAAAAGAGCGCAGCAAACAGCAUUAAAGUAAAAAGUGAAAACACAACAACAACUACUGCAACAGGCGCAACUAAUGCAUUCACAACAACAAACACAAAGUCGAUGCAUGCUUGCAACAACAACAACAACAUUAAGAAAGAAGCAACACCUCCAGCCGCCACAGCAGCAACAACAACAACAACAACUGCUGCUGUUGCAGAGGGUUCGCAUAACAACAACAACAACAGUUCAUCAUUUGCCUCGUCAUGCUCAUCAUCAUCCUCCUCCUCAUCAUCGUCAUCCUCGUCGUCGUCUUCUUCAUCCGCCUGGUCCAACAUUGAGGAUGCGAACAGCAACGGUGGCGCCUCCGCCGACGAAGAGCACUGCUCCAACGAAGAGGCGCCACAAGCGGCUGCAACAACGGCAACGACAACAUUGAUGAUGACAACGCCACGCCCCGUGCUUCUAACGGCCGUCAAUGCGCACAUCAUCUGCCACUUGUGCCAGGGCUAUCUGAUCAAUGCGACGACCAUCGUGGAAUGUUUGCACUCGUUCUGCCACAGUUGCCUCAUCAAUCACCUGCGCAAGGAGCGCUAUUGUCCUCGCUGCGAGAUGGUCAUCAACAAUGCCAAGCCCAACAUCAAAUCCGAUACCACAUUGCAGGCGAUUGUCUAUAAGCUCGUGCCUGGUCUCUAUGAACGUGAACUCAUGCGUAAGCGCGCUUUCUACAAGGAUCGUCCACAGGAGGCGGCAUUGGCCACGCCCGAACAGCGAGGCGAUGAUACCGAGCAUCUGAUAUUCAGUCCCUCCGAUGAUAUGUCCCUGUCGCUGGAGUAUGCGGAACUUGGUGAAUUGAAUAUCGAUUCGGAGCUGGAAUUCGGUGACACAUUGCGUCCACGUUACCUUCAAUGUCCGGCCAUGUGCCGUGUUAGCCAUUUGAAGAAGUUCGUCUACGAUAAGUACGAAAUUGAUGCUCACAACUUCAGCAUCGACAUCAUGUACAAGGUGAAGACAAUUGCGCUGCAGGACUACUAUACGCUUAUGGAUAUCGCGUAUAUAUAUACGUGGAAGCGGGAUGCGCCGAUGCGUUUCUAUUUUCGUGUCUACGAAUCGCCAAAGAAGCCGCUGAUAAAGCCUGCCCCAAUCGUGGUUAAGCCACAGAUACUGCCGCUCAAACAGGAGCUGGUUUCGCCUGGAACCACGCCCCCAACGCCUCCUUUGGUUGUCAAAGUGCCCACACUCUCACCGCCAGCAAUUGUUGCAGCAGCUCCGCCAACUCCGUCUCCUGCUCAGUCGCCACGCAUCAAAGUGGAGCAGCCGCAGGAAGAAUUUCGCAUUGCUCCCAAGUUGGCUUCACCCACUGAGCAGUCGCUCAAGCUGGUCAUCAAUCGUAAUGUGCUGGAGAAGCACGAGAAGCAUCAGCAUCCACAUCAGCAUCAGCAUCAUCAUUCGCCAAAGUCGAAUUCUAAGAGUCCGACGACCAAGUGCCCUCCACCUCAAUCGCCUGGCAGCUACAACAAGGAGGAGCCCAACAUCAAGCUGAAGAUUGAUCUGUCCAAACAGAAUAGUGUUACCAUCAUCAAUAUGUCCGAUCCAGACCGCAAGGAGAUUGUCAAGCCGCUCAAGCCGGAGAAGGAAUCGCGCUCCAAGAGCAAAAAGGACAAGGAUGGCAGUCCCAAGUCAUCGUCCAACGGCAGCAGCCCUUCCUCCUCAUCCAGCGAACGGAAGCGCAAGAGUCCAUCCCCAUUGACUGUGCCGCCCUUGACUAUUCGCACGGAGCGCAUCCUGAGUCCCAACGGUGUUAGCACAGUGCUUAGUCCACGCGUCACUAGCGGCGCCUGCCUGGAGGAUCCCAAAUCGGAGUUUCUCAAGUCGUUUGCUUUGACGCCCAUUAAAGUGAAACUCGAGUCGCCGGAGAAGCAAGCACAGCCCAAGCACAAUGGCGUUGCUGCUGCGGCCGCUGCACCAGCUAACAAAUCCAAGGCACACUUGGAUGAUAGCCUGCUGAUGAAGCCGCCCAGCGCCAUGCCACCCAAAUCGAUUGCCUCCUCCAAGCGCAAGAGCAAGGAGCCCGUCAAGGCUCUGUCCAAGAAACCCAAGCUGUCACCCCCAUUGCCACGCGAGGAUUUCAAGAUACGUCUGACCGCGCCCACUGUCAGCUCCAGCAACUGUCCGUCGCCACCUGCAGCCACCGACAAACCACUGAUGCCCCCGCCACCUGCCAAGCCGCCACUAGCACGUCACAACAGCAGCAGCAACAAGGUGGGAAAUGUCCCGCAGACGCCACAGUUGCCACUUUAUGCACCCCAGCAUCAUGCACAUCCACUGCAGCAGCAACAGCAGCAACAGCAACCGCAUUAUCAGCAACAACCGCAUCAUGCCGGACUGCAAAUGUCUGCACCUGGCAAUCGCACGCCCAUUGCCAAGCGCUAUCAACCCAUACUGCCGAAAGCCGCGCGGCCAAAUCCUUUUGCCAACAUACCCAGCGAUGUGAAUCGUUUGCUCAAGGAUGCGGGCACCGAAAUCAAGACCAUAGGCGGUCAGAGCAAGUCGCAUGUCUAUGGACCCAAACAGGGACAAGCCGAACACAAAAUGGGACCGCCGCCAGUGCCUAAGACAAACAACAACAACAACAACAGCAACAACUCUAGCAACAACAACAAUAGCAACUCUAGUAACAAGUCAAACAACUAUUUAAAUUUGGCCUUGUUCAAUGCCAGCAAGUCGAAGGGCAAAGAGGCGCCACCCGGUUGCCGCACGCCCAUGUACACGCCCAAUUCGCCCAUCUAUUCGCCCAGCUCGCCGCAAUAUGUGCCCAACUAUAAUAUACCGACCAUGCCCACCUACAAGUAUACGCCCAAGCCUACAAACACGGCCGCAACAACAACAACAACGGCAGCAACAACAGCUGCAACAACAACAGCGACAACAAAUGCCAGCAACUAUUUGCAGAGCAUGCUCAAUGGCGCUGCUGGCGGCGGUUUGGGCGGCGGCCUCUUCCCCAGUCCACCCACCAAAGCCGACCAGAAUACCAAUCCCGUUGCCGAGGAUGCGCCCGAGAAGCAGCAAGUCAAGGUGAAGUCAUUGCUCAACUCAUGCAACAUCAAUAUACCGUCAUCGCUGUCGAUAACCAUAUCACGAGAUAACGGCGAUGCCUCCUCGCCCAGCAGUGGCGCCCACGCCAAGCACAAGAGUCCUGUGAACAAUUACAUUGAGAUUGUCAAGCUGCCCGAUCAGCCAGCCGUGACCGUGGAGAAGGAGAAGGAGCGCGAGAAGGUAACACCAAUGCCGCCCGUCAAGCUGCCUGCACCGCCCAGCAAGACAAUACCGUCGCCUCAGCAUUUGCUGGCCCGGCUCACGCCUCCGUCAGCUGUCACCACUGCUGUGCCGCCGAAGACAUCGCCGAAGGCAACGCCCACGCACAAACCGGUGCUGCAGCCACAGCAAAUGGACAGCAAAAAGACGCCCAGCCCGGAGAAGCGCAGCAGCCAACACUCGCCCAAUGCCAGCGAGAACAAGUCCCCCAAAGCGGGCCAAGCAGGAGGAAAUGCAGCAGGUGCUGCUGCUGCUUCUUCUUCUUCGCCAUCUACAGCCUGCGGGGAGACGGCAGCCAAAAAGUUUCGACCCAUUUUGCCGCGCCAGAACUCCGCUGCAGCUAGCUGCAACAGUUCCGAAUUGCCUGCCACCAAGCUGCAACAUUUGCCAGCGCCAACUACAGCUGCUACUGCUGCUGCUGCAGCUGCCUACGGCUUUGUCAACAACAAAGUCAACAAGGUGCCCGCUAGCAAAAAGUCACCCAACAAUGCCGCAAAUCUUGCACACGCCAAUGUCAAUGGCAAUGGCAAUGGCCACGGCAACGGCAACGGCAGUCAGGCCUUGAUCAAAGCCAGCUCCAAUGCAGCUAAGCGCAACAGCAGCGGCAACAGCAAGCAGCAGAUGACGCCAACCAAUCCGAAUCUAAAGCUAAUGGCACCACCGGCACACCCACAUACGCAUCUAAAUACACCGCUGGGCAUUGCAUCGAGCGCCAAUCAGCUGAACUUCUUCAAGGAGAAUCUAAUGCGCGCCCAGGCGGCCGCAGCGACAAAUCCGUCGAAUCUCUUAUUCAACUUUGCGCCCGCCGUCUACAGCUAUCAGCAGGCCUGCCUCAUGGAGCAAUUGUCGCGCAUGCAACGCGCCGGCCACGAGGUCUUCAAUGAUUACCUGCAAAAGGUGAGGAGCGCAGCGGGUGGAACAAACGAGGGAGCUGGCGGUGAGCACACGCAGCAGCUGGUGAUGCCGAUGCUGCCCAAUGUAACGCUGCCAACGCCGCCAUCCACGCAUCAGCCUUUAACACUGGCAGCCAGCCCCAAAAGUUCGCCACAUGCAACGAAUAAAUUGACCCCAGCAGCGACGCCGAAAGGCAACAGCAACAACGGCAGCAGCGGCGGCAGUGGCAAGUCAGCAGCAACCAGCAGCAGCAGCAACAACAACAACAACAACAACUCCCUUUCGCUAGCCAAAAGCAAGUGAAGCAGGCGGAAACCCACCCAACACCCACCUAGCAGAAAAAGCAACCCCCAGCAAAGCCACGUUCGACCCUCGUUUUUGUGGGCGAAAGCUGUGCACUAAUUAAUAUUUAAAGAGGUUUUUUGUUUUGUUUUUAGUUCUAUAAACAAACCGUUAUUUUGUAUAUAUACAUUGCAUAUAAGCUGUAAAUAUACAUCAUACGAUUGAAGUAACAUAUAUAACUAGAUAUAUAUAUAUAUAUAGAUAUAUAAGCUUAUACGAUAGCAAGAGACAGCGAUUCAGAAUCAAUAAAACU